UCUAAACCCAUACGCUUCUUAAAUCCAAUCCUUUGACUCAUUUGCUCCCUUCCUACUCCUAUUCUUAUGCUUCUCUCCUCCUCCAAACCCGCUCUUCAAUUCCAUAAACCUCUACCUCCCUCACAACACAUACCCUGAUUCUAUCUUUAUAUGUAUUAUAUAUAUAUAAACAAUAUAUUCUUUCGCUUUCUUUCUUUCUUUCCUUCUAUCCAUCUCCAUUUUCUUUAAUUAAACUCUUUGCAUAUAUGUGUAUGUGUUCGUUGUUUUGGGCUCGCGAGAAAACUAAUAAUGGCGACAACAACAACAACAACAGAGACCGUAACCUCAAGCUGCAGGCCUCAAAAUCCCACCGCUAAGUUUGUAUGCUUCUCUUUCGCAGCCUAUGCCAAAACCCUGAUAGACCACCUCAAGUCUCUCAAUAUCCCUGUCCUCCCUGGCCUCACCGACCCUGAAUUCUCCUCCAUUGAAUCCACCUUUCAUUUCUCUUUUCCUCCUGACCUUCGCUCUAUUCUCCAAGAAGGCCUCCCUGUUGGCCUUCACUUCCCUAAUUGGCGCUCUUCCUCUCCUCAGCAACUCGAAAUUUUACUAAACCUCCCUUUCUUGAAUCUCUCCAAGAAUAUCUCUCAGAACAACUUCUGGGUUCAUUCUUGGGGUGACAAACCAGAUGAUAGCAACCUAGCAUUGGAGAUAGCGAAGGGGUUCUUGGAUAAAGCACCAGUUCUUGUACCUAUAUACGGCAAUUGUUACAUUCCUUCUACGCCAAACGCCGCCGGGAACCCGGUGUUUUACAUAGAUGAUGGCGGUGUGCGUGUUUUGAGCUUUGAUGUUGCCAGGUUCUUUCAAGAGGUUGAAUUCUUGCAAAUUGGUCUUCAUUUUAUUAGGCCGGGGACUUUACCAAGAAAUCAGAAGAUACCCAUCAAUGUGCCGGCCUGGGCGGCGACAACGGCGAGGAGGAUUGAAUUUUGGACGGAGGUAGCGGAAAGAGGCAGGAGAGUGGUGGCGCGUGAUGAAACGCACGGAUGGUGGAGCAGUGGGGAAUUGAAAUGCUGGGAACUAGGAGAUUGUUUAGAGGAUGUGUAUUGGAAGCUGAGAGAUGGAGGCUGGAGAGAGGAGGAGGUGAGGGAGAUGAUGACGAUGAACGGUUGUGAUCAAGAGAGAGAGAAGGGCUGUGGGGCCAAGCUGGGUAAAGAAGAUGUGGUGUGGCAAGUGAGGGUGUUGUCGCUUGUGUUAUUGCGUGCGGGAUGGAACAGAGAAGAUGUUAUGUACUCGCUUGAUCUUGAAGAUCGUGAGGAUAACAUUAUUGGCUGUUGUGUUGGCAAAUUUCCUUUAGACUUUCAACUUCCAAGCACAAACAGCAGCUGUUCUAGACAGGAUGACGAUCAUCAAAACAGCAGUAUGAAGAUGCUGACAAACCUGCGAUCUCUCCAGGUGUGAUUGCCUCCGGGCCCCACAUUGCCAGGGUCCCAUCAGUUUGCCAUUUUUUGUAAAUUUUUUCUUAUUUUUAGUUCUUCUUUUGUACGUGUGUAUUGCAAUUCAUAAUUUAAGGAUUAUAUUUCAUUUAUUAUAAUUUUAA